CCCAGCACACACACACACACAAUGCCCUGGCACCCCAGGGUCACCCCAGCAGCGCCCGGCUGGGCCUCCCCGGACUUCGCUUCCUGGCACCACCAUCGCUCCUCCUCUUCCUCCGCGUUCCCCCACCUUCGAGGCCCGGUCCCCGCUCCGUCCCACCCAGCAGCGCCCAAGGGACGGACCCUCUUCCCCUGGAGCGUUCGGGGACGGUGACCCUGAGGGCGAGGAGAUUGGCCUGCUUGUCACUGGGCAGCCGUGCCGUGCUGGCACCGAGGAUCGCCGGGCUGGCGGGGAGCCUGGCACACGGGCCCUGCCGUGGGGGAGAAGGGGGGAGCGUGGCUGCCCCGAGGACCCAGCGCGGUGCCGGCUGCGGUUUGCUGAGAGGAAGCUCCCUUCUCUGCUGAGCGGAAGCGGCCCCGUCCCAGCGUGGCCGUGCUGCACCCCGGAUGUGCUGCUCCGGCGCGGAGGCGGACGGGGCGUCCCCAGGUCCCCACGGCAGAGCCCAGCAGCAGAUCCUGCGUCCCCACAUCCUGAUGUUUACGUGUUCCCGGAUCCUUUUGUCCCUAACUCCCCGCACCCCAAUAUCUCCGUGUCCCCAGAUCCCUUUGUCCUCAAGUCCCCACAUCUCUGUGUCCUGGUGUCCCUACAUGCCCACAUCUGCAGGUCCCAGUCCCCGUGUUCCCAGAUCCCUUUGUCCCCAAACCCCCCCAUCUCUGUGUCCCCACAUGCCCACACCUGCAGGUCCAUGUCCCCAAGUCCCGGUGUCCUCAGAUCCCUUUGUCCCAACAUUCUGAAGUCCCAACAUCCUGAUGUUUCCAUUCUUCCCGGAUCCUUUUGUCCCCAAGUCUCUGUGUCCCCACAUCCCUAAAUCCCCACACCCCCCCCCCAUGUCCCUAGACCCCUUUGUCCCCCAGCCCCCCCCAUCUCUGUAUCCCGGCAUGCCCACACCCACAGAUCCAUGUCCCCAAGUCCCCAUAUCUUCAGAUCCCUCUGUCCCAACACCCCCGUCUCACCACAUCCGUGUCCCCAAUUCCCUUUGUCCCCACCCGGACCUUUGUCCUCCUCGGGCUGCUGCAGGCAAGGGGCUCACGGACCGGGGUUGGGGUGAGGCGCGGGGGAAACUGAGGCACGGCGUGAGGGUGGGGAUCGUCCCGGGGUUACGGCGGGGCCCGGGACCAUCAAGGAGCUCCGCGGGCGGGGUCGCUCCCGCCUCCCCCGGGGCGGAUAAAGGCGGCGGCGGAGCCAGGCCCGGGCGGCGGCAUGGCCGGGGGCCCGCUCCGCCUUCUGCUCUGCUGCGCCUCUGCCCUGCUCGCUGCAGGGACAGGACACGGUGUCAAUGUCAGCAGCACAGUGUCUCUAAGCAGCUCAGGGACAGCUGUGUCACCGUCUCCAUACAGCUCAGCCGCAGCCACCAGCUCGGGGACACACAACGUGUCUCCAUCGAGCUCUGACACGGGAACGGCCAAAACUCUGUCCAGCCCGGCCGCAGCUUUGUCUCCAUCUGGCAAAGCAAGCGCAGCGGCAUCUGUGACACCUCCUGACCCCACCACAACAGCAUCUCUGCCCAUGACACCGGGCUCACCAGCACCUACAUCUCCACACAACCCUGCCACGGCAUCAUCUCCCUCUGGGAUAUCAGGAUCAGCAGCACCUCCAACAUCACCAUCUGACAUGACCACGGCACUGUCUCCAUCAUGGACACCGGCCUCUGUAGCACCUCCAACAUCCCCAUCCAACAUGACCAUGGCAUCAUCUCCAUCGUGGACACCGGCCUCUGCAGCACCUCCAACAUCCCCAUCCAACAUGACCAUGGCAUCAUCUCCAUCGUGGACACCGGCCUCUGCAGCACCUCCAACAUCCCCGUCCGACAUGACCACGGCAUCAUCUCCAUCCCAGCCAGCCGUGCCCAGCUCCCCGGCCACGGAGCAUCCAUCCAGCUCGACAGCAGCACCCACCCCAUCCUCACCGGGGCUCCCGGGGUCCCUUCCUUCUCCCAGCUCGCCAGCACCCACAGUGAGCCCCGGUCCCAGCAGCACCGCGGCCGCCAGCUCCAGAACAACACUGGCCACCGGCACUGUGGCCGGCAGCUCAGGUGGGCGCCAGGCUGGGGGGGCACCGUGCAGGCAGGGACCCCCCAUACUUACCAGUGGCCGUGGGCACAGCAGCAGCCCUGGGUCCCCCCUAGACCCCCCACUCAGGGGCUGCACUCACAGGAUGGGGCAGGGGUGCUCCGGGGUGGGGGUCCCCACCUGCACCCAGAGCCCCCCUGUGCUGCCCCAUCUGCUUUGAGGGGGGAGUUUGGGAGCUCCCCCUUUUUCCCCCACCCUAUGCGUUGCGGGACCCCGGCCAGGGAAGGUGGGGGGGCCUCGGGCUCGUCCCCCAGGGGUCGGGGUGACAUGAGCGCUGGGUGCUGGGUCUGGGGGGAGCUGGA